CGGCCAGUUUGUUCGAGUUUGUCCUGAACCACCACUGUCAAACGAUGGCGUCUCGGCUACCUCGCCUACGGAGUUCCUCGCCGACCAUGCCAGCAGCAUCGUUGAAAAGGAAGGCUAUUGCGGAAGAGGAAGAAGAAGAAUUGUAUCAACCUCGAAAACUUCCCGCAGUCGGUGUCACUGGUCCAGUACGACCACCAAAACCUCUUCAACCGAAUCGAACAGCGACAAACCUUUCAAAAUCAUCAUCCAGCACAAAUGUGCCCAAACCUCUCACAGUCCCUCGAGCCCCAAAUAUGAUGACCAGGUCUUCUAGUGGGGUCAGAGGAACAAGUGCACCACCGUCACAACCCAAUGUUUCCAAUCGCCCCACAUCCUUCAGAACCGGUGCCACUGGAACUCGGACGACGGCAACAUCGCGGACGGUGUCGGGUCCAAGUCGAGCGACUUCAGGUCGUGGAUCUGAUGACCAGCGGUUCGCCGAUUUCCAGGCCAAGCUAAACUCGCUCGAGACAGCGCAAGCUGCCGAAGCAGCCAGAUUCGAGUCGGAACGAGCAAAAGUGGUAGAACUGCAGGAAAAUCAGCGCGCAAUGUCCUCACAACUAGCGGCCGCAAAGGACCUCGAGCUUAGCCGUAAAGCAGAACUCAACAUUGCGAGCGAUGAAAUCGCGAAUUUGAAGAAAAAACAUGCUAGGGAGGUUAUGGACUUGGAAAUUGAUUUACAGAAGAAGGAUAGGUUGUUGAGAGACGCGAAUGAGGAUCUCAGAAUAUGUCGGAGUGAUUUAGAACGGGAGAGGGGAACAGUUUCGUCGCUCAAAGCAACAAUUUCGCAUCAAUCCAACGCCCAACUUACGCUCUCCACCGAAAACCACUCUCUUCAAACUCAGAACACUGCAUUACAUGCCGAGGUGGACGCUUACGCACGAAAGCUCACCGAGUCUAACAUUCUCCGCGAGUCAGCCGAGAGACGGGUUGCUGAGCUAGAAGGCGAGGCGAUGGAAAGUGAGGCGUAUCGAAGAAAGCUUCACAAUAUGGUGCAAGAACUCAAGGGCAAUAUUCGGGUAUUUUGUCGAGUACGACCCGUUCUACCUUCCGAUGCGUCCCCAUUCCCUAGUGGAUCUGGCUCGGGAUCUAAUAGCCCCGUUCCAACGUCUGUCGAGGAUAAGGAGUCGCUCAAGGCCGAUAUGUCAUUCCCAGAUCGUCGAGAUCGUAAAGAGAUCGUGAUCAGGUCAUCGAGUGAGAGUGCGACAGGUCAGGAACGAAUUGAGAACCACAACUUCUCCUUCGACAGAGUUUUUGAGCCAGAAUCUACACAAGCUGAGGUCUUCGAGGAGAUCUCGAUGUUGGCACAGAGCUGCAUUGACGGAUACAAUGUCUGCAUCUUCGCCUAUGGUCAGACUGGGUCAGGAAAGUCGUUCACUAUGGAAGGUGGAUCUAAUGAAGCCACGCAAGGCAUGAUCCCUCGAGCGGUUGAAAAGGUUUUCCGUGUCGCAGAAGACCUCAAGACCAAAGGUUGGGAAUACAGGAUCGAAGGUCAAUUCCUUGAAAUUUACAACGAGACGAUCAAUGACCUGCUGGGAAAAGGCGAUUUCGACAAGAAAAAACAUGACAUUAAGCAUGAUCCCAAAACAGGCUCAACGCGGGUUACCGAUAUCACUGUCAUGUCCCUUCAGUCUCCAAGUCAAGUUCGUUCGCUUCUCGCCGUCGCUCAAUCCCGACGCUCGGUAGCAGCCACCUUGAUGAACGAGAGGUCUUCUCGUUCGCACUCCGUUUUCACGCUGAGGAUAAGCGGGACGAAUGCCAGCACUGGAGAGAGCUGCGAAGGGUGUUUGAAUUUGGUGGAUCUAGCCGGAAGUGAGAGAAUCAACGUCAGUUUCGGAAACGGGUUUGGAACUGGUAGUGCAAACGGAGGAGGUAGUAGCGACAAAGAGAGGUUGAAAGAGACUCAGAGUAUCAACAAGAGUCUGAGUGCGCUGGGUGACGUUAUUGCUGCGCUAGGCGAGAAGGGAGACAAAGGAGACAAGCACAUACCUUAUCGGAACUCUAAGUUGACGUACUUGCUCCAGAAUUCGUUGAGCGGUAACUCCAAAACACUGAUGGUUCUCAAUCUUUCUCCUCUUGCUGCUCACUCGAGCGAAUCCCUCACCUCUUUGCGAUUCGCUACGAAGGUGAACAAUACGACCAUAGGCACUGCUCGAAAACAGACGCGCAGUGCGUAAGUACAGCACACUGAGGUGCAUCAUGGCUUGCCUUCAUUCCAUCAACGCUGCACUGUUGGACUCUGUACUACGACCCGUAUUUAUUCUCGUUCAUUCUUGUAGAUCAAGCAACUUCAUACACAAAUCAAAUCAUCUAAUCAGCCAU